AUGGCUUCCAACAGAGUUUCUCUCGAAUCCAUUAUCUUCUUCAUCAACUUCUUCUUCUUCCUGCUUAUUGUAACCACUGGUCCUCUAUUGUUCUGCCAAGCCGUCACGAAAACAAUGGUCCCCGAAAACGUCACAGUUAGCAGUGCAGCUUAUUCAGCGGUUCUCAUAUUUGGGGACUCCAUUCUCGAUACAGGAAACAACAACUACAUCGAAACUUUGGUUAAGUCCAAUUUCCAUCCCUACGGAGAGGAUUUCCCUGGAGGAUUACCCACCGGCCGAUUCUCCAAUGGGAGGCUUAUUUCGGACUUCAUAGGUGAAAAUUUGGGAAUCAAAGCUUCUUUACCGCCUUAUCUUGAUCCGAAUCUCCAAGUUGAAGAUCUUGUCACCGGAGUGUGUUUUGCUUCUGCUGGCUCCGGUUAUGAUCCCGAAACGCCAAUGUUAACCUCAUCUGUUCCAUCGAUUCCGAACCAACUCAACCUCUUUCGACAAUACAUGGCAAAGCUGAGAACUCUAGUCGGAGAGCAGAAAUCAAAAGCCAUCAUAGAGAACAGUCUUUACGUAAUAUCAGCCGGCAACAAUGACGUCGGAGCUACCUAUUUUCUGGCCAGGAGAAAGUCGUCGGACAUGGAUUCAUACGCCAACUUUCUCGUCGGCCAGGCUUCCACGUUUAUCAGGCAAUUGCACGGUCUAGGAGCUCGCAAGAUCGCCCACCUGAGUACGAUAGUGACUGGAUGUGUCCCCGCCUCCAGAACUGUAUUCGGCGGGAUUGGAAGGCCGUGUUUCGAGGAGUCCAACGAUUUGGCGAUCAUGUUCAACGAGAAGCUUGGCUAUGAACUCGAACGCUUGAGGGACGACGCUCGUUUUCCUAACUUGAGCACCACGUUUCUGGACGUGUACACUCCUUUGUUCGACAUCAUUCAGCGUCCUGAGAAUUACGGGUUUGUUGAUGUGAAGGAUGGGUGCUGUGGGACAGGGGAGCUAGAGUUUGCGGUUCUUUGCAACCAUUUGAGCUCGACGUGUACCAAUGCUUCAAAUUACAUAUUUUGGGAUAGUGUUCAUCUCACAGAGAAGGCCUAUAAAAUCUUGACAUCCAAAAUAAUGAAAGAUAUAAAUAAACUUCAAAAUGAAAUAAAAUGCUAA